AUGGCCACCCUCUUACCAGGCUCCGUCGCUCUCCUCCCUCAACACCUCUCAGCUUCCGAGAGAGACCCCAACGCCAAACCCAACUUCACCCUCGCUCUCGCUCACCCGAUCCUCGCCCGCCUGGAGCGCUGCUCCUCCAUGCGCGAGCUUCGCCAACUGCACGCCCACAUGAUCACCACCGGCCUCGCCCGCGACCCCUUCGCCGCCAGCCGCCUCCUUGCCUUCUGCGCGCUCUCCCUCCACGGCGACCUCCGCUACGCCCUCGCCCUCUUCCGCCAGACUCCCACCCCCAACCUCUUCUCUUGGAACGCCAUCAUCCGGGCCUUCGCUCGGAGCAACCGCCCCGAGCUCUCCCUCCGUUUCUACGUCGACAUGCUCCAAUCCGGCCUAGUCCUUCCGGAUAGCUACACCUUCCCUUUCUUACUCAAAUCCUGCACCCACCUCUCGGCCUUCUCGGAAGGGCAGCAGAUCCACGCCCAUGCCAUCAAAUUUGGACUUUGGGGCGAUCCUUUCGUUUCCAACUCCUUGAUUCACAUGUACGCGGAGAUUGGGUGCCUGGAGCUCGCCAUGCUUGUGUUCGAGAGGAUGCCGGAGGCCGAGCGGAGUGAGGUCUCUUGGGCUGCCAUGAUUGCGGGGUUUGCUGAUAAUGAUCGCCCGGAGGAGGCGGUGGCUCUCUUUCGCUCCAAGGAUUGGAGAAAUAUUGAUGCCGAUCAGGUUACGUUGGCUAUCGUUCUUUCAGCAUGCUUAAAGCUUCGAGAUUUGCAGUUGGGGAAGGAUAUACACGGUUACAUACAAGAAAAGGGUCUCGAAUUGAGCCUGAUAUUGAGUAAUUCUCUGAUGAAUAUGUAUGCGAAGUGCGGGCAGAUAGAUGUUGCUCGCUUGCUGUUUUAUGGUAUGCCUGAGAAGGACUUGAUUUCUUGGAAUAUUAUGAUUUCCGGGUGCGCGGAGAAUGGGCACCUGGAAGAGGGUCUGCAGCUGCUAUCAAAAAUGAAGGAGAGGAAUAUAAGGGCCAACGAAGCGACAUUUCUUAGCAUAGUGUCUGCUUGCGAGCGGCUCGAGUUAGCACUCGAGAUUCAUGGUCGCAUACGGGAGAUGGGUCUCGACCUGAAUGUUGCCAUCUGCAAUGCUCUCAUCGAUAUGUAUUCAAGAAUUGGAAAUGUUGAUCUUGGGAGAAGAGUAUUUGAUGAAAUGCCGGAACGAGACAUUAUCUCUUGGAAUUCCAUGAUCGCCGGCUAUGCUCGAUGUGGGUCCAUGACAGUAGCUCAUUCGCUCUUUGAACAGAUGCCCAUGAAGGACAAUUUCUCUUGGAGCACAGUGAUUCUUGGAUAUGUCAGAAAUAACCAGCCGGAGGAAGCAAUCAGAGUAUACAAAGAUCUUCUGAUGGAAGGCCGUAUCAAACCAGAUAAGAUCACCAUGCUCGGCGUACUGACUGCAUGCUCACAUCUGGGUGCACUGGAAGAAGGAAAAGCAGCACACCUCUAUUUGAAGAUUAACCAAGUGCAAGUUGAUACAACUUUGGGCACUGCCCUGGUGGACAUGUACUCAAAAUGCGGUUGUCUGGUACAUGCUGUAGAAGUUUUUGAGGGUAUGCAGGAGAGGGACGUGUUUGCUUGGACUGCAAUGAUUUCAGGUCUGGCCACGCACGGCCGUGGUAAGGAGGCUGUCCAGGUCUUCAAACAGAUGCAAACCAUUGGCGGAAACUUUGUAAAGCCCAACUCCAUCACGUUUCUCAGUGUUUUAUCUGCAUGCGUGCAUGCUGGAUUGAUUGAUGAAGGGCAGAGAAUUUAUUAUAGCAUGCCGGAUUAUGAGGUUGAGCCGGAGAUGGUGCACAUAGGAUGCAUGGUCGACCUCUUUGGACGGGCAGGGCUCUUAAAAGAAGCUGCAGAUUUUAUCGUAAGCUUGGGAUAUGAAGCUGAUGCAAAUGUGUGGGGAGCUCUGUUAGGCGCUUGUAGAAUCCAUGGAAAUGUGGAAUUGGGCAAAAUUGCAUAUGAGAAGAUACUCGAGUUGGAUCCUUUGCAUGAUGGAGCUCAUGUUCUUAUGUCAAACCUCUAUGCAGAAUCUGGGCAAUGGAAUGAAGCAAAAGGGAUUAGGAGGAAAAUGAAGGAUCGGAACAUAUCAAAAGAGGUUGCCAAAAGUUGGAUUGAAGUGGAUGGAGCUCAACAUUUGUUCACAGCUGGGGAUAUCUUAUAA